AUGGAGAACGCAAAAGCAGUACCAACGGGUUGUUUCAAGUGCGGACGACCAGGUCACUGGUCUCGUGACUGUCCAUCAUCUUCAUCCUCCGUCCCAUCAAAUUCUAAUAAGACAAGCGGCGCCGUUAAUGUUUCGAAAACGGCUACACAGGAGAAGCCCAAGAAAGUCUCAAGGACCAGGCCUAAACUUACCCCUGAUCUUCUUCUCUCUGAUGAUGGCUUCGGUUUUGUCCUUCGCCACUUUCCUCGAGCCUUCAAAUGUCGGGGUCGUGGCCACGAGGUUAGUGAUUUGGGGAACUUAAUUGGUUUAUACAGUGAAUGGCACUCUCAUUUGCUGCCUUAUUACUCGUUUGAUCAGUUUAUACAUAAGGUGGAACAAGUUGCUGCCUCAAGACGUGUAAAGACAUGUAUUAGAGAUUUAAGGGAACGAGUUGCCACUGGAGGGGAUCCAACAAAAUUUCACGAAGCUCCGGUUGAGCAUAAUGAUCAAACUUUUGACCAAGCACAUGAUGAGGCCAUGAGCUCUGACGGACCACUUAAUCACCAUGGAGAUCCAUCUUCUAACAUUGCUGCUGCUUAUGAUAUUCAGAAAGACCUACUUGAUGAGAUUUACGAGAAAGCUACUGAAAGUGGGAUGGUUGGUGAUGAUGUUGGAAAUGGUAGCUCUAGAAAUGGAUCAAUAAGUGAAGUGGUGAAUAGUGGAGGUAGUUGCAGGGAUGAAGUUGAGAUCACAGAGGAACAGAGAGCUCGUAUGGAAGCUAACAGGUUGAAUGCAUUGCAGCGAGCCGCUGCUAGAGCUCGCCCAUCGCAAGCAUCUUGACUGUAUUUCUUUAUUUUUUUAUUUUUUUAUUUGCCAGAAUGCGAAUGUGAUCCCAUCUUUUUCUCCAACUUGAUCGCUUUCUUCACUAUAUCAAAUCCAAUAGGUACAAACUUCAACUUGCUUUCACCUAAUAUCCUAUUAUUUAAUUAUUUUCCUUUUCAAAUAGGGGUUUUUUCUC